AUGGCCCAAACUGAGCACCCGACAAAGCCCGUGCCUUCUGGUGCGUGGGACACCCAUCACCAUAUUUUUGACCCUGAUCGUUUCCCAUUCGCGGAAGGGCGUCAUUUCACCCCUGCGCGUGCGUCACUCGAGCAAUUGGAGGAAUUUGAAAAGAGCAUCGGUGUAGACAAUAUCUGCAUUGCCCAUGGUCUUUCAUAUGGCCCCGACUGCACUUCUCUUCUCCACUACCUGGAUCGCUUCAACGGCACGGCUCGGGGUAUUUGUGUACUAGACCUCGAGACGGUUACAGAUGGCCUUCUGGACGAGUACCAUGCGGCCGGCGUACGCUCUGUGCGCUUGGAUUUCUUCCGCUUCAGAGCGAUGGAUGAUGUGGAAAUUCAGACCGAGCUAAUCACGAAGACGGCUGCGCGUCUGGCUCAAUGGGGCAAACCCAACUGGAGUAUCCAGAUCCAGCAACCACAUCUCAGAUUCUGGCCACGAUUGCGCCAGACGAUCAACUCUAGCCCGAUCCCCGUCGUCGUGGAUCAUUUUGCUCUGAUCGGUGCUAGCAGCUUUCUUGCAAAUGACACGUCCUCUGUUGUCCAAAAUGAUUCUUACCUACCCGAGGACGAUAGGACUGGAUUGGAGAGUCUCCGUCAAACGCUGCAGGAAGGAAACCUGUGGAUCAAGCUCUCUGCCCCAUACCGGUGCUCUAAUCUGGAGCCGGGCUUUGUCGACUUGAAGUGGUUAGUCAGACUUUUCGUGGAUGCUAAUCCCAAUCGAGUGGUCUGGGGAAGUGAUUGGCCUCAUACACAACGCCAUAAGGACCGUGUGGGAAAGUCAUCGACUAGUGAGGAGUCUUUCUUGAAGGUUGAUGACAAGAAAUGGAUUGAGGCGAUGAGUCGCAUGAUGUCGGAAAAAGAGUGGCAGCUUAUGUGGGUCGACAACCCUAACACUUUGUAUGAUAAUGCGGCCUGA